AUGGGCAAUACGGAUAAGCAUGGCAUCAGUUAUGACUCUGUUCAACAAGGUCGUUUGCCUACAUUUCCAUUAUUAUAUCAUUCAUAUUUUGGUUUAUCAAAUUUCCUCACUGCCAAUUCAUUGACACCAAUUCAUCAUCAUCAUCAUCAUCAUAUGAUCGGAUCAAAUAUUACACAAUUAAUCAAUAUGUUAUUAGUUGCUGAGCAUAAUUCAUAUCAAUAUUUAAAUAAUGAACAAUAUAUGUAUUAUCUUAAUUUUGUUUUAAACAAAUCUAAAAUAAUAACAGAAUUACAAAAAUGUAAUUCUUCUAAUGAACACAAAUCUUUUGAUAAGUUUCACUUAACUACUUAUAAUGAUAUAAGUAGCAAUAAUAAUAGUAUUGAUAAUCAUCAUACUAGAUUAAAUUCACUAAUAGAUUCAUCUUCAAUUACUUCAACAAUUAAAGCUGGUGGAAAAUCUUUAUCAAAAGAAGAACAAUCAUUCAUUCCCAAUAUGAAAUGUAAUCAACAAUUAACAAUAUUAAAUGAAAUAACUAAUUCUACAUUUAAUUAUUUAUUAGUUAUGAUUGAAUGGGCAAAAAAUAUAAGUUUGUUUACUGAUUUACAACCAAGUGAUCAAUUGAUUUUAUUGAAUAAUUCGUGGCCAGAAUUAUUUAUGCUUUAUUUGGCUCAAAUUUAUAAUCAUUCGCUGAUUACGUCAUCAUUCAAUUACAAUAAUAAUAAUAAUAAUAAUAAUAAUAAUCAGUUCAUGACAUGGAAUAUGGGGUAUCAAUCUAAAAAUGAUUCCCAUAGUGAUAAACAUUUCAAUGGAGAAUUGAAAAAUUUUAUUGAUUUGAUAAAUUUUAAACAAACACAAAUUGAUGAAAGUGUUCGAUUGACUAAAGAUCCUUUAAAAAACUCAUCUGAUACAUUAUUAUUAUUAUUAUUAUCCAAUCAACAAUAUUCAAUGGAAUUUCAAGAUCAAUUAGAACGAAUACAACAAUUGAAUUUGGAUCAAUCUGAAUAUGUUUGUUUAAAAGCAUUAAUUUUAUUUAACUCUGAAGCACCUGGUCUCAAAGAUCCAAAUCUUGUAGAUUCUAUACAAGAAAGAAUUCAAUGUGCAUUAGAAGAAUAUGAUAAAUAUAAUUAUUCUCAUUAUCAACCAUUUCGAUUUGGUCGAUUACUUUUACGAUUACCUAAAUUAAAACAAACUGUUUCAUCACCUACAUCAUUACAAUGGUUACAACAAAACUUUUUUCCAUCACUUCAUUCACAUAAUCAUAAAAGUCUUGAGUUACUGAUUGAAGAACUAAUUGAAAAAGAACUUUAUUCAAAUAAAUCUAGUUUAUCAUUUAGACAUAAUCAUACUAUAUUGAAUAAUGGAGAAUAUCCUCAUACUUCACAUUCUUUAUUACCGCUACCAUUUUCUUUGCCAUCAUCACCUUUAGAGAACUCUUCCAUCCCAUUGUUAACUUCUCAUAUUGAUUAUCUAAAUAAGUUUUCAUCUGAACUAUUUCUAUCUAAACAUUCAAUGUCUAAACCUUUUUCUUCUAUGAUACAUAUUGACAAUCCUAUAGACCAUAAUGAAAAUAGAAAUAACAAUGAAUAUAUUCAUUUAAAUAAUAAUUCUCCACAAAGUAAUUCAAUAUUAUUUACAAAUUUAAUAAAAUCUACACCUAAACAUGAUCUUUAUAAAGAUCAUUGUAUUGACAAAAUUACCGAAACAAUUCACCAUGGUAACCAAAUAUUCAAUGAAACUUUAUCAAAAUAUUCUACUAAUCAAAAUGAUAAUACUAUUUAUAGUAGUAUAAAUAUGAAAACAACAGAAUCUUCACCACCACCACCACCAGCACCAUCCUCCUCCUCCUCCUCCUCAUCAUCAUCAUCAUCCUUAUCAUCGUCAUCAUUAUCCUCUUCAUCUUCAUUGAAUUCUUCUAAAUUAAAUUUAAAUAUUCAUCAUAAUAAAGCUUCAAUGGGUUUACUUCCUUUAAACAAUAUAGAAUAUAUUGAAUCUAAUAAUGAAUUCAAUUAUUUACAUAAAGAUAAUACAGAAUUAUUUACUAAUGAUUUAUUAAAUUUAUUAUUAAUAAAUAAGAAAAACUCUAAUUUACAAAUUUAUUAUUCAUUAUUACGUAAACAUUUGAGUUCAUUACAUAAUUGUACAUCAUAG